AGAGUCACAUGUAAGCAGUGAAAUAAGAUUAUCAGUGGAUAGCUAAUCAGAUAUUAACUGUCCAAUAUGGAAUGUCCGGAUGACCUUUCACAGUUAGCUGACUUUUCUGAGGACAACGUAACUAAAGUUGUUAAGACCAGAUAUAAAGAAGACAGAAUAUAUACGAACGUUGGAGAAAUUCUUCUUGCAGUAAAUCCUUGCAAAGAACUUACAAUAUACACAGAAAGUACCAAGAAGCAAUAUGACUGGGGAAAUUUCGAAGCGAAACCUCCUCCACAUGUGUUCGACAUUGCCACAAGAGCAUAUCGACGCAUGCUUCAGGCAGGUGGAAACCAGAUUAUACUGGUUUGUGGCGAAUCAGGCGCGGGGAAGACGGAGAGUGCGAAGUACAUGGUUGAGCACCUAAUGUACAUGGUUGGUCAUGGAACAAAGAACCUGAAUGAAAGAAUUGUAAAGAUAAACACCAUACUUGAGACUUUUGGAAACGCCAGAACUAAAAUGAACCACAAUUCGAGCAGAUUUGCCAAAUUUUUACAAUUGAGCUUUGGUGAAGACGGGCAAGUGAUAGGAGCAAUUGUUCGGGACUACAUGCUUGAAAAAUGUCGAGUUGUGGCCAGGAUUCCAAAUUGCCAUGAAGGAAACUUCCACAUCUUUUACGCCAUGUUUGCAGGAUUGUCCGAAAAAGAGAAACGAGACCUUUAUCUACAGAGACAGGAAACCUACGAGAUACUAAAAGGGAGUGCUGAAAACUUAAAAAGUGAAGUGAAGGAGGAAUAUCGCAGGAGAUAUGAAUCCAUUCGACAAAUUUUAACACAAAUAGGAAUGAAAGAAGAUGAACAAAGGAUAAUGAAGAAGAUGCUAGCGGCCAUUUUACAUUUGAGUGAAAUCAAAUUUGAUGUAGUGAAGGGUAGUGUUAAGAUAAAGGAUAAGGAAUACCUAAAACAAGCUGCUGACCUAUUAGAAGUGCAACCUGAAGAUCUGAAUGAUGGCUUGCUUGAAAAAUCCAAACCUGCAGGCAGCAAUAAUACACAGACUGAAGCGGAAGUCAAUAGAGAUGCCCUUGUUAAGCAUACAUAUGAUAGGUUGUUUGGAUGGGUAGUGAAAAAGAUUAACGACAACUUGCACCCAAACAGAAAAAGUCACAGGAACAAUGAGAUGAAAGAUAUCGGAAUAUUGGAUAUUCCAGGAUUUGAAAAACUUCAGGACAACAAAUUCGAACAAUUGUGCAUUAAUUUUGUCAACGAACAACUGCAGGUUUCUAUGAAUCGAAUUCUCGUCGAGGAAGAACAGCGAAUUUAUCAAUCAGAAGGAAUUAAUGUUGGCAUUGGAGAUAUAAGUAAAGGGGAAACAUGCGUGGUUGAUAUUUUUGAAAUGAGGUCAAAGGGACUAUGGUCAACGCUGGAUGACACUACAAAACUCCCCUUUGGUGAUGAUAGAGAAUUUGUGGAAAAAUUGCAAUCCAAUGCCAAAGACUUUGACAAACAUCAUAUACUAAAGUUUACGAGAGGCAGAGAAACUAAAUUUAGUAUUCAACACUUUGCAGGCGAGGUAGGUGAUAAAGUUAUAAUUAAUAAUUAUUAUAAUUAA